UAGCUCCAUUAUUUGAAAAUGAGAAAAGCACCCUUUCCUAAUCACAACCAACAAGUAAGACCAGUUUUAUGUCCUUGUUUGUUCAAUAUAGACAGUUUUUUCUGGUGAUUGGGGAUUUGUUAAGCAUUGUGUUGUGAAAAAGAAUGACAUUCAGUGAAGACUAUUGACACUGUGCAGCUCGUCAAACCCUUCACCAAGAUGAAAAACCUUAAAUACUGAAGCAACGGAGACGAACAAAGGUUUCAAAAGCAAAAUCACCAACUUAUCUCUGAGCAUUAAACCGUCACCGAGGAUUUGGUCUUUAUGUAAAUAAAUUUGAAUAACUAUGUUAUUAUUGUCAGUGUGUGCAACAUUCACAGUCUUGACAUUAUCAGUGACAUUACUGCAAGUGCAGUUUCAAAUAAAUGCCUGGACUCUGCUCUUCUUGGGCUCCCCAGCAACACACCCGCCAAGUUUGAAGUCGGUCAGAUGAAGUGGAUAUCAAAAUAAAUCGUCAGUCAGUCAGACAGUGAUAACUGGAUUCAUUAGUACGAUAAUAGUAAAAAAAAAUCCUGUUUUGGCAGAGAAUGUUUUUUUUUAACUAAAACUAAUUUAUAUGUUUAUACAACUAUUUGUUUAUCGUGAAAAUAAAGUUCAAUGAAAUGAAAUUUGUUUUUUCUUUCCCUCACAGCGUUACAUUCGUCUGACAGGGUUUGUCACUGGAGCAGUGUAGAAUAUGUAUGAAGAGUUACUGAGGUCAAAUUAACAAUAGCACAGUGCAUUAAUAUUACUGAUGUAUUAAAAUCAUUUGGUUUUUUUUAGAUGGUUCAAGUGGAGCUAAGUUAAGUUUUACAUGCCCAGCUCAGACAAUAAAAUGACAUAUUUCAUUGGCUCAUCAUAGGUUUCGUAUAUAGAAAAAAAAGAGUCAAAAGUGCAAUAUUUGUCUUUGAAAUGUUGUGAAUUAUUAAUGGAAACUCAAAAUUGUAGAACAGUGCUUCAGUAAAUGUACAUUAUUUUUCUACAAAGUGAAUUUGUGUAAUAGUAUUUUAUUUUGAGCAAAAAAGAGCAACCAGGUAAAAAAAAAGAGAUUGUUUCCAGUAUUUGGAUCUGCACAUACAUCACAUUAUCGAAAAUGUCAAAUGUUUAACCAGUGAUGAAAACCUGAACCUCGCACCGUCUAAUCUGAUACUUCUUCACUUACGCAGCCUGCAGUUUUAAUUUUAACCUCUUAUUGAAUAUCUAAGUGUGGCUCCCCCACCUUUACUCCACCUGAGCUCUUUUCCCUGCACCACCUUCCUUGUGAAUGAAAUGACAGUGGACCUGUUGGUCCGCGGCCCUCAGGUUGGGAACCACCGCAGCGGGCUCGACCUGACUCCGUUCAGCAAAAAACUGUUUAGGUUUGGAUGCACAGAUAAAUACAACUUGAUUUGCAGCAAGUGGGAUGAAUUGAAGAAAAAUUCUGAUCACUACUUAUUUUUUUCCAGCGAAAAAACUUAAAACAAGUUCCUAUGUGGAUGUAGUUUUACAUCCUCGGUUCAUGGCAUCGAUCCUCUCCAGAGUCGACGUGUACAGCCGAGGAGACGAGGGCUGCUCCUUCGUCCAAUCAGCUGCCGUGUUCGUCCCGUCGUACGAUGCUCUCGCGCGUUCUGGUCACGAUGGCUCGUUUUCAUCAGUUCCCAGCGCAGCGCGUCCGCGGCCGCUCCACGCCUCCGUCGGUGGGCGAGGAAGAAACGAGUGCACUGUGGAAGGAACUGCGCACUUUUCCUCGCGGGGCUCUCAUGCCGACCGGUUGGAACACAGCGUCGCCCUGACGACGACGAUGAUGCCCGGCGCAGAUGCUGCGGCACAAAGGAGCGGUGGGGCCCAGAGGACCGCGGUGCCGCGCGCCGUGGCGCUUUUGCAGUUGUUACGCAGCUGUCCAGCCUCCUCCUCCUCCUCCUCCUCCUCCUGUGAUCCAACCAUCGCCUCAGAGAACAUGUCUCCCGGUGCCUGCCCGCAGCCCGCAGCGUUUGGACCAGCCCUGGAGGCCAGCACGCCCGGAUCGGAGGACGUUUGGAUAACGAUUUCUUAAAUUUUUGGCACUUAAAAACCAUCCGUUUGAAGACUCCAGCCAUGGGUGAUGAGAGCAGCGUGUCUCGGCAGAUCGAGGGUGUGGAGAGGGGCACGGUGUUCCUCAGGCAGGAGCACCUCGCGUUGCUCCACGGCCUCCACCUGGAGAUCCUCUCCCUGCAGAAGAGAUGCUCAGAGUUGACGAGUGAGUUGAAGGUGAAGCCUUCAGGCAGGAGCCAAAUAGAGUCGCAGGAGGACGAGGAGCUCCUGGAGGCCCGCUGUCGCGACGUGGAGCACCGCCUGGCAGACCAGGAGUACACCUAUGGAGAGCUUCGUGACGAGCUGGGUCACAAGGGGGCGCUGGUGGGAGCCCUCCGAGCUAACCUCAAAGAAAAGGAGCGUCAUUUCCUGGAGGAGCUCAAACGCCGCAGCCACUGUUCGACAAUCCUUAACACAGAGCUGCAGAAACAAACAGAGGCAGCGGCGUACCUCUCCUUCCAGCUGCAUGCUGCGAGGCAGAAACUGCACCACCAGCGGAUGCAGCAGAGGCAGGUACUCCUCUCCAGAGCCAACAGUCAGGGGGCCCAGUACGGUGCCGGGGAGAACUCUGUUUCUCCACAUUUGCCGUCAGGAGCCUCCCCUUCCUCCCCUGUGGUCAAACCCAAGCGUAAGAACGCCAGGGCAGCUUCGAGGGCGGAGCGUGCCCGGGAAUGUGUGCCCAUGGAGAGAGUGAUGGGCCCUGCAGAACCCACGGCCAUGCCGGACCCUGCGCUCUUCCUUCACCCGCGAAGACACAGAGCUCGCUCCAGGCACACUGUGGCACAAAGACAGCCUCCGCUAGACCUGGAGAAUGAGGAUGAGGAUGAGGAAGGAGGAGUCGAGGGCCCAGUGGAGCCCCAGGAGGAAGCUGCCAGACUGGUUUCUUCAGCUGCAGUGCCCCCUGCUGCUGAGGCGAAGGCAGAUUAGCACCUACUGUGAACUGUGCUUUUUACUGCAGUGUGAUCGCUGUAUAAUUAUCUCAUGUCAGACUGUUAACACUGUUGUUCUGCACCUUGACUACAUUGAUACUGAGACUGGUUUUAGCUAUUGAAUUAUAUUACUCUUACCAUAGAAACUUUUUUUUAAAUGGACUUUGAUAUAACCGUAAUCAACAAAGCAAAAAUCUGUGUCACUUUCAGUCAUUCUCAAAUUAAAUUAGAAUUAUCUGUUUACACUGGUGCCACAUGCUCUAUAUACUGUGGGGCCUUAUUUCAAAGCAAUCCCUUUUAGAUUUACGGCGAGGGUGCAUUUGACUAGGGUAGCAGCCAUUCUGGGUGGACUACGAGCCCAGCUUUUUGGCUCAACCAACUGUGACAUUUCAAGGCCAACCAUAAAUCUCUCCAUGUGCCCAAAUAUUUGUGUGGCCUGCUGAAAAUAUCUGAAGUAUCGGACUGUGUGAGUCCUCCAUGUGAUGAUUUUAAGGAAGUAUGUCUCUCUCACUUAGAAACAGUAACUUAGUUAUUUUGCUUUUAGUUAACCUUGUUAAAAAUCUAUAACUACUUAACACCACUCUGUUACCUUAUAAAUCCAGUGUGAUGGUCUUACAUAUUAUACCUUAUCUACAGAACGGACUUUCUGAUUGGCCAUAAGCCCGUACGACAGAAGACAAUGCUACAGGAAACCCUACUCAACUGGCUGGACAACAGUAUAAAAGGUAGCUGUAGCAACAAUCAAACCUUUUCCACAACAGACAUUUUGACAUUAGCAGGAGACAUACGUGUUCGUAAUGACAGUAAUGAUGGCUUCAUUCCACCGAGGUGUUUCAGCCAUGUGCCAGGAUGCACAAUACCAGGACUCUGAACCUGCUGAACCAAAUGGAAUUUAUGAUGUUACCAGUGACACGUGUACUGUACAAGUGAAAAUGCCUGAAAAUAUCUAUUAGGUAAUCACAGUUUCGGCAGACAAGGAACAAAAAUUGGAUCAUGAUUUAAGACCACGGCCGACCUCUAUUUCUUUGGCAAUCGUCCAUAAUAUAACGAACUUAAAGGUUAUGUCACUCUGCUCCACGUUAUUUCCACAAACCUCUUUUUACUUUUAUAAUUACUCUUUUAUCAUUCCUCUUAUUAUUAUUUAUUUCAGAACACACGUUCAUAACACAGGAUGUUGUAAUUAUCUUCCAAUUAAAUUGCAACUGAUAAGUGAUUUAUAUGUCAGUUGUUAGCUGUUUCUUCGAGAUGAAAACUAAAUGUGCUUCUUUAAUCAGUGCCUGUUGUGUGUGGAUGAUGGGUCAGUCAGCAGUAGUAGUGUUUCCCUCCUGGGCUAAGCAACACAGUAUGUAGCCUGUAUGUUUUAGUAUAAGAUACACACUGACGCAAAAGUGUGCAGCUAUUCCUGCUUGGUAUAAACAGGCCACAUACAGGUUAUAAUCAGCUCUGACUCGCUGGACCAUGCAUUUUACACUGGUUUGUGUACUAAACACACACACACACACACACACAAAUGACAACAACUUCAGUGUUUGAGGUCGAAAUGGACACACAAGAACAUGACUGUCGGUUGAGGUGUGUUGAGGUGUAAUUAAGACUGGCCUGAGUGAUGGUGUACUUGCAAUGCGUUCCUUUUAUUUUAUACACAAAUCCCCAAAGAAGCUGUAAAAGACACGAAGGCAGACUCAGUUGAAAGAUAUUUACGGAGUGUGUGACGACUCUCCUAUGUUAUAGAAUCAUCCACUCUCCUGUUAUAAAAUGAUGUGCACAUGCUGGCCCCUAGUGUAACAAUUUGCAAAUAUCAUCUUGUUGGGGGGGUUACAUUUUAAAUAACUACAUUUAAUGUAUGACAUACUGUCGAUUUUAUUGCUUACAUGUAUCAGUGCUGAUUAUUAAUUGGCUGUUGUUCGAUCAAAACCCCAAUGUAUUUACUGCCUUAUUAUGGAGGAGUUACGGAUGUAAAAGUGCGGAAACAAAGAACAUUUCUGGACUCAAGUAUUUAGUCCUUUUAUUUCAGCGACACUUUUAUAAGAUGCAUUGCAUUUAAAGGUUUACUGUAUUUAAUAUGGCAUUUCAGAUAUUUUUGAUUCGGUUGAUAUUUGAGCCAUGACCUAACUGAACAUCAGUAACUGCAGUCGGCAUCUCGGAAAUGAACUUUCCUGUAAGAAUGAAUUUAAUCGUGAUUAGAUGCUGGGAGGCUUUUUUUUCUCGCCUUCUCCAGCUACUAGUUAGAAAUAUAGGACGUUUUAGUAGCAAAUGUUAAAUAAAGCAAUAUAUCAAUAUAUUUAUAUAUUAUUAGUAGGUCACAUCACCCGGAUUAAGUACACUUGAGAUGUUAAAAUAGAUUAUAUGAUUGUUUACAUUUGUAUAUUGUAACUGUUGAGCUCAGUAUGUUUUGCUGAAUAUUUUUCUGAAUUGUCAAAACGGAUUGUUUUGAUUUUAAAAGGUUCUGUUGGUUGUCACUGAAUCUUCUAUCACUAUUAGUGAUGUCACAGUUUAUAGGAGGCAUGUACAAGUAGUGGAAUCAAUAAUGUGUUAUACGUAAAGCAAAUAGGCACAUUUUAUGCCACAUGACUGGAUGAAAAACUUUUCAUUCACCUCUCAGCUUGUAAGCCAUUAGCAUAACUGUGUGCACUAUUCUUCCGCAAGUUUGAUGAGACUGUAGGGGACAAAAGGACAAAGCUGUAAUUUUAAACUGGGGGUUUGUUUUUCCGGAACAUAGACUGUUAGACUUCAUCACUCCACUCGUCAUCUAUAAGAAAACGGCAGGUAUAUUAUAUCCAUACGCCUUUCAUACUCCAUUUAACACAACAUCAUACCAUAACUUCACAUUUCAAUAUGCUUUGGGUAUUACGUAAGAGCUUCCAAAAAAAAUCAAAAUACUGGCGACUGUGUGCACUCUGGCUGCAGUUUAUGCAACUCUUAGAUUGAUGACUUGUUUAUCUGCCUUUAGGGAAAAUGCUAAUGAGCCAAAGAGGCCCACUACUAAAAUGAACAUGAAGACGGAUUGGUGUGAUGCCUUAAGGAAGAUGUUUUUUCACGAAUAUUUCAGCUAAAUCUUCACCGCCUGAUUGGUUUUUCUCUACUCUUCUGAGCAUGUCUAACUUUCACUCAAACAUAGCGAGAGUAGUUAAUUUACUCACACCCACAGAUAAUGUCUUACAUCUUUCUAAAUGCCUAUAAAUAACCAUAAUCCUCGUAAUAAUUAUGCUUACAAAUGUCAGCAGCAGCCGCAUCUGUCGUCCGUCAACCCCCUUUCCCGGUCUUAUCCUGGUUGAGGUCAGAAAAGUUUAUUUUGCAUUUUACAGAAACAUUUCAGAGGACUGUGUGUGGCACCAUCAAGCAUCUUGUUUGACAUGUUAUGUGGGCUCUAGCAAUAAUGCUGUGUGGUACCCGGCGUGAGAAGCAGAGAGGUGCUGCUCUGGCUCUGAGCAUAAGCUACUGACUGGUUACCGCAUAUACUGUGUUAGCUUCCUAUAGUGGUCUACCUGAUCGGAAUAAAAUGAAGGAUUGUCUAGUC